CCACAGCUCACAUGUACACUCAGUGUGUGCAUGUCCGGACGGUGCCAGUUUCUCUUACUUUUAAACAAAGUUGUAUUACACAUUUUACCGUCAUUCAUCCCUAACUACACAGGUGGUCAGAAUGAGCUCCCAGAUCACGUGUGUCGGGUGGGUUAAACGUGGCGUUUCCAAGGAAACCCCGGACAAAGUGGAGUUGAGCCAAGAGGAGCUCCAGCGUAUCAUAACAGAGGCAAGGGAAGAGAUUGGUGACUUGGCAGCUGAAGACGAAGAGGAGGAUGAUGAUGAAAUGCCUCCUGAACAGAAUCCUAGCAGCGAAGCACCUGAAGUAUCUGAAACUCCAAAUAACGAGAACGAUGAUGGCGAGGAGGAAGACGAUGACCUGGCGGAGUAUGGUCUGGAUAAAUAUGAUGAAGAGGAUUUAGAAACGGCUAACCUUGGUGACAGUCUGGCUGGACUCACAGUAUUCAGCAGUAACCAGGAGGAUCCUUAUGUCACCCUCAAAGAUACAGACCAGUAUGAGAGGGAAGACUUCCAAAUCAAACCCACUGACAACCUCAUUCUGGCAGGAAAAGCCGAGAAAGACUGCUGUAAUUUAGAGGUCUUUGUUUACAACUCUGAGGAGGACUCUAUGUAUGUCCAUCAUGAUAUUCUGCUGCCCGCUUAUCCACUGUGUAUGGAGUGGCUCGACUUUGACCCGAACCCAGGAGAGGGAGCAGCUAACUACGUGGCCGUGGGAAAUAUGACUCCUCAGAUAGAUGUGUGGGAUCUGGAUGUGGUGGACUGUUUAGAGCCUGUUUUCUCCCUGGGGAGCAAAAAAGCUGCCAAGAAAAAAAAGAAGAGCAAGAAGGGUGCUGCAGCAGAGCCUGUUGAAGGCCACACUGAUGCCGUGUUGGAUCUGUCCUGGAACAAGCUCGUUAGGACUGUGUUGGCCUCUGGAUCUGCAGAUAACAGUGUCAUUUUGUGGGAUUUGUCUCAGUGCAAGCCAGCCACAACUCUGCGCAGACACACUGAUAAGGUCCAAACGUUAACAUUCCAUCCUUUUGAAGCACAAACUUUGAUAACCGGAUCGUACGACAAGACGGCUGUGCUCUACGACUGCCGUAAUCCAGACAGCAGCCAUCGGACCUGGAGGUUCAGUGGCCAAGUGGAGCGUCUCGUGUGGAAUCACUUUGCUCCCUGCAAUUUCCUCGCCAGCACAGAGGACGGCUUUGUUUACUGUCUGGAUGCACGUUCAGAUAAGCCAGUGUUCACGCUCAGGGCGCACGAUGAAGAAGUUUCCGGCUUGGACCUCAGCAGCCAGAUCAAAGGAUGCCUUGUCACGUCGUCAGCUGACAAACAUGUUAAGAUUUGGGAUAUUUUAGGCAACAAACCCAACCUGGUACACUCUCGAGACAUGAAAAUGGGAGUGCUAUUCUGUGCCUCGUGUUGCCCUGACCUGCCUUUCGUCUAUGCCUUUGGGGGACAGAGGGAUGGCUUAAGGGUUUGGGAUAUAAGUGACGUUGCAGCAGUGGCUGAGGUAUUCGGCAGUCGGGAGCGCUUGGUGGCGAAUGCAGGAUCGCAGGCAUCCAGCAGCACAGCCGCACCUGACAUGGAGGUCUCAUAGUGAUCCAUGGGGGGGGGGGAACGGCCCCAGCUCUAAACAUGAAUAAACUGAACAUCAGUGGUAACUCAUUGUGCCUCCCUGCUGUGCCAAAGACUGGUUCACAGAAGGACUGGAUUAGAUGAAACCACACUCCCUCUUUGGACAGGCUGACUAAUUUACUUGCAAACUAGUGUUAAAGACUUGUUAAGAAAAGGAAAGGCAGCAAAUGUUUAUACAUACAUUUUUCCUUUGGCCAGAGGCAGUGAUUCAGAUGUUUGCAUUACGUUGUGGAAAUGCUUCUAUUACCUUCAUAUCAAUAUCAGCUGUAUGUGACAGUUGUAGAAUACCAAUAAGAUUAUUUUCACAUAAAGUAUGACGUGCUGAUUUAUCUUUUGACAUUUCCUGUGUGGAUUUAAUGUAUUAAUUAAAGAUGAAACAAAAAUGUCAUUGAUGUUCUGUUCACGUGUAAAUUCAAAAAAUACAAAUUGUCUGUCAAAUGUAUAUGCAUUGGUUUUUGAUGACCAUUUGAGACUAAACUUUUUCCAUUUUGAGACUAAACUUUUUCCAUUCCACCUCUCAAGGUAAACUUUUUUUGACGUUAAUCAAAUUUUGGGCCUAUUCUGUGGAAUGCUGCCACUCUAUUUUGUGCACUUAAAUAGUCUUCUUUAAGACAUAAAAAACACUAUAAUGAGAGGAUAAAUAGGGAAACAGCUGGUUUCUAAACACAUUUCAUAUCUUAAAAACAUAUUUUACCCUUUACCUAAAACAAAAUUGGGUAUAUGUAGACGUCAGAGUCAAUGUUCAUCCGUGUUUUUAAAUAAAGUGA